AUACACAUUUAUGUCUACAAUUUAUUUACAUUCAUAGAUGAUAUUAAGUGGUGGCGUGAGCAUCAGUUUUAAUUUUACCAGUGACUCAGUACUCAGUAAUUCCACAGAAUUCAUCGAGAAUUGACGUUAAUCUGGAGAGUGAAUUAAGCGAUUGCGCAGUGAAAAAAACAGUUUAUUGAUUACCGUUACUAAAUAUCUGACCCGUAAGUUUAUUUGCCACACCCGGCAGCCAUUUUGGGCCUAUCCCGUUUCUUGGGUGUUGAUAAUCAUCAACAAUGGAUCAAAUAACUCCGAAAGAAGUCAGGAUUCUUGAGAAUCCGGAAGACAUACAGGAAAGACGUGAACAGGUGCUUGGAAGAUAUGCUAAUUUUAAAUCAGAAGCACGCAGCAAACGUGACAAGCUCGAGGACUCCCGUCGUUUUCAGUAUUUUAAACGAGAUGCGGACGAACUCGAAGGCUGGAUCUAUGAGAAAUUACAAGCAGCUUCCGAUGAAAAUUACAAAGACCCAACAAACUUGCAAGCCAAAAUUCAAAAGCACCAAGCAUUUGAAGCUGAAGUUGCCGCUCAUUCAAAUGCAAUUGUACUGCUCGAUAAUACUGGAUCUGAAAUGAUUGCGCAGCAUCAUUUCUCCAGCGACAUGAUUCGUAAGCGGCUUGAAGAACUUCAUCGUCUUUGGGAGUUGCUGCUAACUAGACUCGCUGACAAGGGUUUGAAACUCCAGCAAGCCUUAGUUCUGGUCCAAUUCAUACGGCAUUGCGAUGAAGUCAUGUUCUGGAUCAAAGACAAAGAAGCCUUUGUGACCACAGAUGAAUUCGGACAUGAUCUUGAGCACGUCGAAGUGCUUCAGAGAAAGUUCGACGAGUUUCAGAAGGACGUCGCCAGCCAGGAGUACAGAGUCACUGAAGUAAACGAGCUGGCUGACAAAUUAUUGCUCGAUGGACAUCCAGAGCGUGACACAAUACUGAGUAGAAAGGAAGAGUUGAAUGAAUCCUGGCAGAGAUUGAAGCAGUUGGCGAUUUUACGUCAAGAAAAAUUAUUUGGAGCUCACGAGAUCCAACGAUUCAACCGUGAUGCCGACGAAACCAUGACCUGGAUCGCUGAGAAAGACGUUGUCCUGUCAUCAGAUGACUUUGGUCGUGAUCUUGCGAGUGUGCAGACACUCCAGCGUAAGCAUGAAGGUAUUGAACGUGAUCUUGCAGCUUUGGAAGACAAAGUCGCAACACUGGGAGCCGAAGCUGAUCGUUUGGCGGGGAUCCAUCAGGUUGAUCAUUCGCAGCAGAUUCAAGCCAAGCGCGCAGAGAUCGUCCAGUCAUGGGAAAGUUUGACAGCUAAAGCUAAAGAACGUCGGUUAAAAUUAGACGAGUCUUAUUAUCUCCAUCGCUUCCUUGCUGACUACCGGGACCUCGUGUCCUGGAUGAAUGACAUGCGUGCUAUCAUUUCAGCAGACGAGCUUGCCAAGGAUGUAGCUGGUGCUGAAGCUCUUCUUGAACGUCACCAAGAGCACAAGGGAGAAAUAGAUGCCCGCGCUGAUAGUUUUGAUGCCGCUACACUUGCUGGUAAUCAAUUGCUCGAACGUAAGCACUACGCAGCUGAAGAAGUUGCGCGUAAAUUGACUUCUCUUGCUGAAGAUAAAUCAUCUCUGCUAACCCUGUGGGAAAAAAGACGGAUUCUUUAUGAACAGUGCAUGGAUCUUCAGCUAUUUUACCGCGACACUGAGCAAGCUGAUGCCUGGAUGGCUAAACAAGAAGCUUUUCUCGCCAAUGAAGAUCUUGGUGACUCUCUUGACAGCGUAGAGGCUCUGAUUAAGAAGCACGAGGACUUCGACAAGUCUCUAGCUGCGCAAGAGGAAAAAAUCAAAGCUCUUGAUGAGUUUGCUGGUAAAUUAAUCGAAGGCGAGCACUAUGCCGCUGAUGAUGUUGCUCAGCGCCGUCAGCUUUUACUUGAGCGCCGCGCGGUUCUGCUUGAAAAAUCAGCACAAAGACGCCGCCGUCUUGAAGACGCAUACAAACUCCAGCAGUUUGAGCGCGACUGCGACGAAACCAAAGGUUGGGUCAACGAAAAAUUGAAAUUCGCUACCGAUGACAGUUAUCUCGACCCCACAAAUUUGAACGGCAAAGUCCAGAAGCAUCAGAACUUCGAGCAAGAACUCAAUGCCAAUAAAACCCGAAUGGAGGAAAUGGUAUCAACUGGACAAGAGCUCAUUGACAGCGACCACUACGCCAGUGACCGCAUCCGCGCUCGUACUGACGAAAUCGUCGGACUCUGGGAAAGUCUCACCAAAGCUUCUGAGAAAAAAGGAACGAAACUCCAAGAAGCUUCGCAGCAGCAGCAAUUCAAUCGCACCGUCGAAGAUAUCGAGCUCUGGUUGUCCGAAGUCGAGGGUCAGUUGAUGUCCGAAGACUACGGAAAAGAUUUGACCAGUGUACAAAAUCUCCAAAAGAAACACGCUCUGCUAGAAGCUGAUGUUGGAUCCCAUGCUGACAGGAUUGAAAGUAUCACCCAAGCUGCCGAGCAGUUUGUCAGCACUGGUCACUUUGAUGCAGACAAUAUUCGCGCUAAGCAACAGCAACUGCAGGGACGUUACUCGGCGCUUCAGCGGCCAAUGAGCAUUCGUAAGCAACGAUUGUUAGAUUCUCUGCAAGUCCAACAAUUAUUCCGCGACAUUGAAGACGAGGAGGCAUGGAUCCGUGAAAAAGAACCGGUCGCAGCGAGUACCAACCGCGGCCGUGACUUAAUUGGAGUCCAGAAUCUCCAAAAGAAACAUCAAGCAGUUCUAGCAGAGAUAAAUAAUCACGAACCAAGAGUGGCUGCUGUUUGUCAAGCCGGGUCACGAAUGCUGCAAGACGGUCACUUUGCUGCCGAGGAAAUAAGCCAACGCUUGGCUGCUCUCGACGAACAUUGGGGUCAAUUAAAAGAAAAAGCGCGACAACGUAAAGUUGAUUUAGACGAUUCUCUUCAAGCUCAUCAGUACUUCGCUGAUGCCAAUGAAGCCGAGUCUUGGAUGAAAGAAAAACGUCCGAUUGUCCUUAACUCGGACUAUGGAAAGGACGAGGACAGCUCUGAAGCUCUGUUGAAAAAGCACGAGGCGCUUGUAAGUGACUUGGAAGCUUUCGAAAGCACUAUUGCUGCUCUAAGAGAACAAGCUGCUGCUUGCAGACAGCAGGAGACUCCAACUGUCGAGAUUGCCGGUAAGGAAUGUGUCGUUGCUCUUUACGACUACGCCGAGAAGUCACCGCGUGAAGUUUCAAUGAAGAAAGGAGACACUUUGACUCUGUUGAACUCCAAUAACAAGGACUGGUGGAAAGUGGAAGUAAAUGAUCGCCAGGGUUUCGUUCCUGCUGCUUAUGUCAAGCGAGUUGAACCUGAAGCCGGGUUGAGUGCUUCUCAACAGAACUUGGCUCGCGAGCAGAGUUCCAUUGCUGCUAGACAGGCUCAGAUUCAAGCUCAGUAUGAUGAUUUGCUCCAGUUAGCACGCGAACGUCAGAAUAAAUUAAAUGAAACUGCCAAAGCUUAUGUUUUGGUGAGAGAAGCCGCUGAGCUCGCAACCUGGAUCAAGGACAAGGAAAAUCACGCCCAGGUUCAAGAUGUCGGCGAAGAUCUUGAGCAAGUUGAAGUCAUGCAGAAGAAGUUCGACGACUUCCAGGCUGAUCUGAAGGCAAAUGAAGUUCGUUUGGCUGAGAUGAAUGAGAUCGCGGUUCAGCUGAUGAGCCUAGGUCAGACUGAGGCUGCUUUGAAGAUCCACACGCAGAUACAGGACUUGAAUGAAAAGUGGACUAGUCUGCAGACACUUACUGCCGAGAGGGCGAGCCAGCUUGGAUCUGCUCAUGAGGUCCAGCGUUUCCACCGCGAUGUCGAUGAAACUAAGGACUGGAUCCGUGAAAAAGACGCGGCAUUGAACAAUGAUGAUCUGGGUAAAGAUUUACGGAGCGUUCAAGCUCUGCAGCGCAAGCACGAAGGACUUGAGAGAGACUUGGCAGCUCUGGGUGACAAAAUAAAACAAUUAGAUGAGAUAGCGAAUCGUUUGAUGCAAUCACAUCCUGAUACUGCUGACCAGACUUACGUGAAACAGAAAGAAAUAAAUGAAGAAUGGACUCAGCUUACUGCUAAAGCUAACUCACGUAAAGAAAAAUUACUUGACUCUUACGAUCUUCAACGUUUCCUCAGCGACUACCGUGACCUCAUGGCCUGGAUAAACUCAAUGAUGGGACUUGUCGCUUCCGAAGAAUUAGCAUCAGAUGUAACUGGAGCUGAGGCACUUCUCGAACGUCACCAGGAACAUCGAACAGAAAUUGACGCACGUGCUGGAACUUUCCAAGCCUUUGAAUUAUUUGGCCAACAGCUUUUACAGUCAAGUCAUUACGCUAGCAUUGAAAUUCAAGAGAAACUCGAAUCAAUGGCUGAGGCAAGACAAGAGUUGGAGAAAGCAUGGAUCCAAAGACGUAUGCAACUGGACCAGAAUCUUGAGCUCCAGCUUUUCUGCCGUGACUGCGAGCAAGCAGAAAACUGGAUGAGUGCACGAGAGGCAUUUUUGAGCAGCGCGGAUGCUGUUGACAGCAGUGACAAUGUGGAGGCGCUCAUCAAGAAACACGAGGACUUUGACAAAGCAAUAAAUGCUCAUGAAGAAAAAAUAGCUGCGCUUCAAACUCUUGCUGAUCAGUUAAUCGCCGCUGAGCAUUACGCAGCCAAGCCAAUUGACGAUCGUCGCUGCCAAGUCUUGGACCGCUGGAGACAUCUCAAGGACGCUCUUAUUGAAAAGAGAUCUAAAUUAGGAGAGUCACAGACUCUUCAACAAUUUUCACGUGACGCCGAUGAAAUGGAGAACUGGAUCGCUGAGAAAUUGCAGCUCGCUACUGAAGAAAAUUACAAAGAUCCAGCUAAUAUUCAAUCUAAGCACCAGAAACAUCAAGCAUUCGAAGCUGAAUUAGCAGCAAAUGCCGACCGUAUUCAGUCUGUGUUAGCAAUGGGCGGAAACUUGAUCGAAAAACAUCAGUGCGCUGGAUCUGAGGACGCUGUGCAAAAACGUCUUGCCUCAAUCGCCGAUCAGUGGGAGUACUUGACCCAGAAGACAACUGAAAAGUCAUUGAAACUUAAAGAAGCCAACAAACAACGCACGUAUAUCGCCGCAGUAAAAGAUCUCGACUUCUGGCUUGGAGAAGUUGAGAGUCUACUGACCUCCGAAGAUGCUGGUAAAGAUCUUGCUUCAGUACAGAACUUGAUGAAGAAACACCAGCUUGUUGAAGCCGAUAUCCAAGCGCACGAGGAAAGAAUAAAAGACAUGAAUGGUCAAGCCGACUCGCUUAUUGAAAGCGGACAGUUCGAUGCCGCUGGCAUUCAAGAAAAACGUCAGAGUAUCAAUGAACGUUACGAGAGAAUUAGAAACUUGGCUGCGCACCGGCAAGCGCGACUCAAUGAAGCCAAUACUCUCCAUCAAUUCUUCCGCGAUAUCGCUGACGAAGAAUCCUGGAUCAAAGAGAAAAAACUGUUGGUCGGCUCCGAUGAUUACGGUCGUGAUUUAACUGGAGUACAAAACCUCAAAAAGAAACACAAGAGAUUAGAAGCAGAGUUAGCCAGCCACGAGCCAGCUAUUCAAGCUGUGCAGGAAGCAGGAGAAAAACUGAUGGACGUUUCCAAUCUCGGUGUUCCGGAAAUAGAACAGAGAUUGAAGCUUUUGAAUCAAGCUUGGGCGGAAUUGAAACAAUUGGCAGCAAAUCGAGGUCAAAAGCUUGAUGAAUCAUUGACUUAUCAACAAUUCCUUGCUAAAGUUGAGGAAGAGGAGGCUUGGAUCACUGAAAAGCAGCAGCUUUUGUCUGUCGAAGACUAUGGAGACACAAUGGCUGCUGUCCAGGGUCUGUUGAAAAAACACGACGCCUUUGAAACCGAUUUUGCUGCUCACAGUGAACGUUGCAAAGAAACUUGUGAUGCCGGAGAGGCAUUAAUCAAAGCUGGUAAUCAUCGUGCUGACGCUAUUGGACAGCGUUGCAAUCAACUGCGUAAUAAACUUGAACAACUUGGUGGUCUUGCUGCUAAACGCAAGACUCGUCUUAAUGACAACUCGGCUUACUUGCAGUUCAUGUGGAAAGCUGACGUUGUCGAGUCGUGGAUCGCUGAUAAAGAAACUCAUGUACGAUCUGAAGAAUUCGGUCGCGAUUUGUCUACAGUCCAGACUCUGCUUACCAAGCAGGAGACAUUCGACGCUGGUCUCCAUGCAUUUGAACACGAGGGAAUACAAAAUAUUACGACCCUGAAGGAGAGACUGGUUGACUCUGGACAUGAUCAAGCUGCAAGUAUUCAAAAACGUCAUGCUGACGUUAUCACUCGCUGGCAAAAAUUGUUGGCUGAUUCCGACGCACGCAAGCAACGUCUUCUGCGCAUGCAAGAGCAGUUCCGUCAGAUCGAAGAACUUUAUCUUACAUUCGCUAAAAAAGCAUCAGCAUUUAAUUCGUGGUUCGAAAAUGCUGAAGAAGAUUUGACUGACCCAGUCCGGUGCAACAGCAUUGAGGAAAUUCGUGCACUCCGUGAAGCUCAUGCCCAAUUCCAGGCCAGUCUCUCCUCAGCUGAGGCUGAUUUCCAAGCCCUUGCUGCGCUUGACAGGCAGAUAAAGAGCUUCAAUGUCGGGCCAAAUCCCUACACCUGGUUCACAAUGGAAGCACUUGAAGAUACUUGGCGUAAUCUACAAAAAAUAAUUAAGGAACGUGAUGUUGAACUUGCCAAGGAGGCGACCCGUCAAGAAGAGAAUGAUAAAUUGAGAAAAGAAUUUGCUAAACAUGCUAAUGCAUUCCAUCAGUGGCUCGCAGAGACCCGUACCUCGAUGAUGGAGGGGUCGGGAUCUCUAGAACAACAACUCGAAGCGACCAAAAGAAAAACUCAGGAAGUACGGGCACGUAGACAGGAUUUGAAAAAGAUCGAGGAUCUUGGCGCCACACUCGAGGAACAUUUGAUUCUUGACAACCGUUACACUGAGCACAGCACCGUCGGUCUAGCCCAGCAGUGGGAUCAAUUAGACCAGUUGGGCAUGAGGAUGCAGCACAACUUGGAACAGCAAAUCCAAGCACGUAAUCAGUCCGGAGUAUCCGAAGACGCUCUCAAGGAAUUCUCAAUGAUGUUCAAACACUUUGACAAAGACAAGAGUGGACGUUUGAACCACCAGGAAUUCAAGUCUUGCUUACGCGCUCUCGGUUACGACUUACCGAUGGUCGAAGAAGGACAGCCUGAUCCGGAAUUCGAAAACAUUCUUGAUAUCGUGGAUCCUAAUCGCGACGGCUACGUCUCAUUGCAGGAGUACAUGGCGUUUAUGAUAAGCAAAGAAACUGAAAAUGUUCAGAGUUCUGAGGAAAUUGAGAACGCAUUCCGUGCUAUCACCGCCGCAGACCGGCCUUACGUCACCAAAGAGGAACUUUACGCUAACCUCACUAAAGAGAUGGCCGACUACUGCGUAGCCCGCAUGAAACCAUACGUCGAUCCGAAAACCGAACGACCCAUUACAGCAGCUCUAGAUUACAUCGACUUUACUCGCACACUUUUCCAAAAUUAAUUAAUUAAUUAAAAUAUAUAUAUAUAUAUUCAAGUUCAAAUAAUUCUCACUGCUUAUUGUUAUAUUAAAUAUUAUAUAUUAUAAUCUUAUAUGACCUUUAUUAUUUUUUAUUAAUUGAGCUGUUAAAAUUGAAUCAAUAAAAAUUACCGCUUGAAUUUAAAUAAAUAUCAAAGCAAGUAAAA